AUGGCCUCGGUCGAUCCGUACGACAAGUCUGGUGGUCUUGUCUCUCUUUGGGACUCUACUCUCUUCAUCAAWUUAAAUUCGUUUAUGGAUAGGAAUUAUCUGAUCGUUACUGGUUCUUUGUGUCCUAGCGGGGUUAAGUUAGGCAUCUGCAGCAUUUACGCUCCUCAAGACUCUAGCRAAAAAGCUCGGUUGUGGUCUGCCCUUACGGAGCUAUUGGAGUCUAUCGAUGUCGAUGCUUGGAUUUGCUGCGGUGAUUUUAACGUUGUUAGAUGUCAGGAUGAAAGGGUAGGGUCYGAGUUUGAUGUUGGGAGUGCCUUGGACUUAUUAAACUUUAUUUAUGAGAACGGCUUUUUGGACCUCAAAAUGGGUGGUCGGAAGUUCACGAGGAAAAGUGCGGAUGGUUUUAAAUGGAGUAAACUUGAUCRUUUCUUGGUGUCCCAGAGUUUCCUCUCCUUUUGGUCUAAGGCAUGUGUGAYCGCGAUGCCGUUCUUAUACUCRGAUAACUGYCCUAUUCUUCUGGAUGGCUGCGACGAAGAUUUUGGGCCGAUCCCGUUUAAACUUUUUAAUUCUUGGUUAAGUGAUUCAGACUUUGUGCAGAUGCGACUGAAGGCGAAGAUUAAAGAUUGGAGGAAGUCGAAAUUGGCUUCAACCAAAGCCAAGAAGGCUUCUCUUACUKCUAAGGUUAACRAUUUAGAUUUGAUUGCGGCUGCUGGUAAUCUGAGUGUUGUUGAUGCGCAGAUCAGARUGGAUGCURUGAAGCGUAUUCUGGAGAUUGAUGAAGCUGACAUUAGUGAUCUUAGACAAAAGGCCAAAGCUAGGUGGACUCUUGAAGGAGAUUCUUCCAUGGUCUACUUAGAGGCAGAUUUAGCAAGUUAA